AUCUGAGGAAACGGCGGGAGGCGCGUGUUCAUUUGUGACUGCACCUCAUUGUGGUGGGAGUCAAACCGCUACCUUCACGAGACUUUUUUGGCUUUUUCCCUAACGGUUGUAACGGUCGGAGGUACCUCGGAAGCGUGGAGCAGAGUACUACUUUUCCCAAACAUGAGAUUCCACAACAGCAUCGGAAUUUUCUUCCUCACGACGUUGAGCGCGUUAACUUCUUUUUUAUCGGCGAGUAACUAUUACUGUGAAGAGCCAUUGAUGACAUCACUACCCCCAACUUCCUUCCAGAACUCAUCAAAAUUUUCUGACAGGAGGUCACCACACUAUUCUAAACUCAACAGAAGAGAGGGUGAUGGGGGUUGGUCUCCGAAUGGAGAAGAUCAACAACCUUGGCUACAGCUGGACCUACGGGACAGGUUGAAAGUUACAUCUAUUGCUACCCAGGGUCGCUGGGGCAGCUCUGACUGGGUUUCCCGCUACCAGCUACAGUAUAGUGACUCUGGACGAACCUGGAGACCAUAUAGACAAGAGGAUGUGAUAUGGACGUUUACAGGAAACAGUGACACGGACACAGUGGUCCAACACAAACUCCCUCACUCAAUUAGAACUCGAUAUAUGCGUCUUCUGCCUCUUGAGGGAAGCCCCAGAGGAGGAAUGGGUUUACGGCUAGAGGUCUAUGGCUGCACAUACAAGUCCGACGUGGCAGACUUCGACGGUCGCAGUGCCUUACUCUACCGGUUCAACCAGAAGUCCACCAGCACAGUGAAAGACGUGAUAUCCCUGAGAUUUCGGAGCCAUCAGGCAGAAGGGGUUCUGGUUCACGGAGAAGGACAGAGAGGAGAUUUCCUCACUCUGGAGCUUCAGAGAGGAAAACUCAUUUUGCAUCUCAAUUUGGACGAUGCCAAGCCUCAGUCUAGCGGUCGCUCAUCUUCUGUCACGGUAGGAAGCCUGCUGGAUGACCACCACUGGCACUCUGUUCAAAUUGAGCGAUUUAACAAACAUGUCAACUUCACCGUGGAUGGACACACGCAACACUUCCGCAGUCCAGGACAAGAGGACACACUGGAGAUAGACUAUGAGCUCAGUUUCGGAGGAAUCCCUUUGCCUGGAAAGCCUGGGACGUUUCUCCAUGAAAAUUUCCAUGGCUGCAUAGAGAACCUAAACUACAAUGGCGUCAAUGUCAUCGACAUGGCAAAGAGACGGAAGCCACAGAUCUAUACCGUGGGAAAUGUGACAUUCUCCUGCUCUGAGUCGUCGUCAGUGGCUGUGACGUUUCUCAGUUCCACAGGCAGCUUCCUGGCGCUCCCCGCAGAUUAUAUUACAGAGGGUCUCUCUGUGCGCCUUCAGUUCCGCACGUGGAAUCAAGAAGGGCUGCUGUUCUCAGUCCCUCUCUCUCAUGAUCCGGACCCCAUUAACCUGCUUCUGGAGCUCAGCCAGGCCCGGCUGCUCCUCUCUAUCUCUGCAGGGCCACAAAACUCUGCUCAGGUUUUCAGUGGUCAGAAUUUGAGUGAUGGACAGUGGCAUUCCAUAGCCGUCGAGCUCAAGGGUCAAAAAGUGUCUUUAACAGUCAACAAUCAGAAGCCUGUCUUCAUGGAAAUCAUUGGCCUUAGCCAGAACGUGCAAAAAACAACCAUCUACGUUGGAGGCUGCCCUUUAUUCCAGAGCAAUUUCAUCUGUGAGAACCCCAGCAGAGGAUUUCAGGGCUGCUUUCGUCUCCUGUUCAUCAACAACCAUCCGGUCGACUUCCUUCAGAUUCAGCAGGAAAGCCUGGACAACUUUAGCCAGCUUAGCUUUGAUGUUUGCAACAUACAAGACAGGUGUUUGCCCAAUCUGUGUGAAAACGGUGGUCAAUGCAUCCAGUCAUGGGACCAGUUUUACUGUGACUGUUCUGGAACAGGAUACACAGGAGCCACCUGCCACAACUCAAUAUAUGAGCGAUCCUGCGAGGCCUUCAGGAAAACGGGAAGCCAGUCGAGUGUGUUUACAAUCGACCUUGAUGGGAGUGGACCUCUAGAGCACACUCAAGUGAACUGCACCAUGGCAGAAGAUAAAGUUUGGACUGUGGUGGGUCACGAUUACACGAGGCCCAUUGACAUUCGAGGAUCCACUCCGCGCAGCCCUUUCGUUCUCAUCUUCAACUACACCAUCUCACCAUACCAUCUCCGCUCGCUCGUGACCUCCUCAGAACAUUGCCAACAGGAAGUGAUGUAUCGCUGCAGGAAGUCUCGGCUUUUUGACACCUGGGAUGGAACGCCUCUGUCGUGGUGGCUGGAUAGAGACGGAGUGAAACGAACAUAUUGGGGAGGAUUUCUGCCUGGGGUCCAGCAGUGUUCUUGUAGCUUGGAUGGCAACUGUAGGGAUAUGAAUUACUUCUGCAACUGUGAUGCAGACCAAGACAUCUGGGCAAAUGAUACUGGUGUGCUGUCUUAUAAAGACCAUUUACCCCUUAGUGAGAUCGCCAUUGGAGACACAAACCGGACAAACUCACAGGCUGAGCUUCAUAUUGGACCGCUGCGUUGCUAUGGCAACCGAUUUUUCUGGAACACUGCAUCUUUUUAUCAGGAAUCCUCCUAUCUGCACUUCCCCACCCUGCAAGCCGAACUGAGCGUCGAUAUUUCACUGUUUUUCAAAACUAGUGCUCUCUCGGGAGUCUUCUUGGAGAAUCUGGGUGUCAGAGACUUCAUAAGGCUGGAACUUAUUUCACCUUCUACAGUGACCUUCACCUUUGACCUUGGGGAUGGACCAGUAGUUCUUACCGUUCGAUCGCCUGUAGUCUUAAAUGAUCGUCAAUGGCAUUAUAUUCGUGCUGAGCGAAAUGUGAAAGAAGCUUCUCUGCAGGUUGACUCGCUGCCGCUGGAGCUAACCGAAGCACCGUCUGAAAGACCCUAUCGGCUUCAGCUCAGCAGUCAACUAUUUGUGGGAGGAACGGCUUCUAGGCAGAGGGGCUUUCUGGGCUGCUUACGUGCCCUCACCAUUAAUGGGGUAACCCUUGACCUUUACGAGCGUGCAAAGACCACCCCUGGGGUGAAUUCAGGCUGCCCGGGUCACUGCACAAGUGACAGCAUCUGCCAUAAUGGAGGGAGAUGUGUGGAAGAGAGGAGCAGGUACACCUGCGACUGCACACAGAUAGCCUUCGGUGGGCCACACUGCAGAACAGCUCUAGCGGCUUCCUUUGAAAGUGGAUCUUCAGUCCUGUACACUCUCCAGGAGCCAUUUUCCGGAAUUCUGAAUGAGGAAGCCAGAGAGUCACCGGCUGGCUUCCAUAAUGCAGAAGUUUCCAAAUCUCAAGAGAAAGUGUCGUUUGGGUUCUUGACGCGUCAUGUGCCUGCCCUGAUCCUGACAGCUCACACUCUUGACCAGCAUUACAUGGCUGUUAUGCUAUCAUCAAACGGCAGCCUGCAAAUACGAUACGUGUCGAACAAAGAAAAAAGAACAGAAACCUUCAGUCCAAAGUCAGACAGUCUAUCAGACGGACGCUUCCACUGGGUCAAAAUCAAUCGAAAGGGACAGGAACUCCUUGUCCAGAUUGACAGCACAGUAACCCAGCAGUACAGCCUGUCUCCUGGCUCUGCUCUCAGCCCCGUGAGGUCAGUGAUUCUGGGGAGAAUCCAAGAUAGUGACAUCUCUGAUAAGGAACUGGUCCAGGCUGGAUUGAGAGGGUUUAUUGGCUGCUUGUCCUCCGUGCAAUUUAAUCAGGCUACCCCGCUGAAGGCAGCGCUGCAAAACAGCCAAAGCCCGUUAGUUACCGUUAUCGGCCGUCUGGAAGCAUCAAGUUGCGGGACGAUUUCCAGCUCCAACACUUUGAGCAAUACACACACACGGUCAGAUGACUCAGCAAAAUCAAACAGAGGCAAAGACCCAAUGAAAAAGGCAGAUCAAAAUGACUUGGCACUAAUCGGAGGAGUAGUGGCUGCAGUGGUGUUCAUCACCCUCUGUGCGUUGGCCAUCAUCAUCCGCUUUCUAUACCGACAUCGACGGACUCCAGCGCCCUCCGGAAUCACCGGAAAGACGCAUUGCCCCAGCAUGGAGCAUCCACCGUACCGGGCUUCUCUGGGCCUGCACAAACCCAACCACGACAGCAAAGAAUACUACAUCUGACCUCUCAUUGUCGUCCUUGACCUUUGAGUAGCCUGUCGCCAAUGAACAUGCAAACAACCCCACCACACUGUAUUAUCUACACUGCAGGCUGAGCAUCCAAUCAGAAGCCAGCAAUGACUCGACAGACACUUUUUAGGCUGGGACACAAGAGAACAAGCAUUUUUUCUUUGUUUGUUUGCUUAUUUUCUAUGAAGAGAGUAAAGCUUAUGUUGAAGUGGUGUGUGUGGGCCUCCAGAAUAAUGACAGAGCUGUAUAUUAUUAUUUUACAGGCAUAAUAAUAGGUUUUACAUGCACAAGCACACACACAAGAAAACAGCACAGCAGGAGGCCUGAAGCAUCACUCGGAAUUGUCUUUAUCCAGUGUGCCUGCUCAAACCUGUCUGUCUCAGAGCCCGCAUAUAUAGACUGGGCUUAAGCUAAUGGACUGAAACCCCAGAGGAGAGGGUUCUGAGAGAAUGGUUUUGUGGCAGGGCGAUGGACCUUCCCAGACAUUGUUUUUAAUGGAUCGAUCAUCGCUGAACGUGUCCAAAAAAAAAAAAAGAUUAAAGACAUCCGCAUCUGACAACCUCGCAUUUGAUGUUGAAACUAUUGACUAGUACAAGGAACCACUAUAGACUGGGAUUAACCACCAAAGGACUAUAGGAAAAGAGAUGGAAUAUGAGUCAUUUGUGUGUAUCCCAAUUCCCAUGGGUCGGGCAGAUUCAGGCAGUUUAAUUCUCUUUCCCACGACAAUUGAGCCAAUCUCACAACUGAGCUCCUGGAAUGAAAUCUCAUCCUUAUUGAAGUGCAUUAUAUCUCCUGACUAGAAAAACAACUAUGACAAAACACUUGCUUUCUAUUGAGAAUUAAUUCUAUGGCUGUUUGUUUUUUUUUCUAUAUGAAUAUUGUAAAUGAAUGGUGUACAUACGUUUCAUAAUUAUAUUUAAUAAAUGGAGCUUUCUAAGAGCUUAUGAGUGCA